UCAGAAUCCUCCGAUUUGGCCGCAAGUGUAAUAGCCUGUGGGUGAGGAGAUCCUAAAACCCGAUCUCGGAUUAUGUGACCUGGUGCCUACAUUGCCUUCGAGCGUUACCUCCACUCUCGUCCACACUCUGCGACAUCCGGUCAUAUCCGUUUAUCAUCGGAGUUCCCCGACCUGUCUUACAGAGGAUCGGGUUGACAUAUGAGUCGUACCCAAAAACUUAUAAAGCCUUUGCAAUGCAUGGCCAAUCUCCUCGCCAUUUGUCCUCGCAAUGUCGACGCCGACAUCGAUGCUUCACCUUUCCUCUAUUUCUCUCCCCCAGCUUUAUGACCUACUUCACCCAAUAACAGUCCCUUCCAAUGCCAAGUUCACCAAUUGGAGUCGGACAUUCACUUGUUCCCCACUCGCAAUUUUCGAGCCGGCAACGGAACUUCAGUGUGAGCUCAUUCUCGAGCUCGCGCGGCGUGAAGGCAGAGUGGUCCGAGCUGUCGGAGUCGGUCAUAGUCCCAGUGACCUCGCCUGUACCACUGGCUACAUGCUACGCACCACCAAGCUCGACCGGCUUUUGGAGAUCCAUGCAGAUAAAAGAUAUAUCGUCGCUCAGGCCGGAAUUACACUUGAUGCACUCCAUGCCGAACUCGCAGUCCAUGGUCUUGCCAUGAUUAAUGUCGGCUCGAUUUCCGACCAGACAUUGGGCGGUAUCGUCACGACCGCUACCCACGGAACAGGCAUCAACUAUGGCGUUAUUUCUACGCAUGUCAUGGGACUGUCAUUGUUGCUCGCGGAUGGAUCUCGCGUGUUCUGUUCUCGCCAAGAGAGGCCCGAUCUAUUCACAGCAUCAAUAUGCGGAUUGGGCAGCACGGGCCUUAUCUUGACGGUUACCCUUGAAGUGGAGCCCGCAUUUCGCCUCAAAGAGGUCCAACAAACAAUCCAGUUUCAUGAAUGUGUGCGAAGCUUGGACAGCCUCGUCACUGCCUCUGAGCAUGUUCGGUUCUGGUGGUUUCCAGCUGCGGAUACCAUGCGAGUUAGUUCUGCCGAUCGUACCGUAGAGCCACCCAAACCAGCGGGAAGCUGGCUCUGGCAUUCAUUGAUCGGUUUUCACGUGGUGCAAUUUCUACUUUUUGUGGCAAGAUUCAUCUUGCCAUUGAACAUCUUUAUCGGUCGUUUUGCAUCAUGGCUGGUCAGCACCAAAGUAAUCGCGAUCGAUGAUAGCUUCCGUAUCUUUAACAUGGAAUGCAGAUACCCGCAGCACACUACCGAAUGGGCUAUCCCCUACGAAAAUACGAAAGCCUGUCUUCAUGAUUUGCAUGAUUGGUUAAUGCGCGAAUUCUCUGACCCUAAUGGUCUCCGCCCCCAUUUCCCCAUCGAAGUUCGAUUCUCUGACAGUGACGAUAUCUGGCUGAGUCCCAGCAACGGACAGAGGACUUGUUGGAUUGGGAUUGUCCAGUUUAAACCCUACGGGUUCGAGGUCCCGUACAGACUGCUGUUCGAGCGUUUCGAAGCCAUUUUGUGCCGUCACGGCGGCCGUCCUCAUUGGGCCAAGGCACAUCACCUCCGCCCAGAAACACUUCGCACAUUGUAUCCUCGAUUCGACGACUUCACCCGUGUACUUGUGUCGGUCGACCCUCGUGGGAUGUUUCGCAAUGAGUAUGUAGAACGCCACAUAUUUGGCAAGACGGGCCCAGGAUACCACAACAGAGUUUUCAAGCGUCAUGCCCCUUCACAAUGAUAUUACAACAAGUUUUCAGUUCCGUCACACUUACAAUAAGGCUCGUCAUCUCGUAUAACCUAUUCCAAGUAGAUUAGUUCGGCGAAUUACUGCAUCCAUGGAACGUGCUGGCAACGUAUUAUAUUCUAGUGUUACAUAUCACGUUACUCAUACACCUAGUUGUUGCCUAAUCG